ACUGACUCAACAUGUCUACCUUUAUAACCUCUUUCCCUUCGACGUGGAGCUCCAUGUCUCUGGCUCCCAAACGACAUUUGACUUGUUUAGCAGAUGUCCCCGGAGGAACGUUGACUUCGAUGAAGAUCUCCUCCAUAGUUUGGCUCCAGGAGCCCCAGCUUGUCUGGCAUGGGACCACCCCGCUCCUCUCGUCGAAGUGCACCGACAUUUAUUAACGUUAUCAACGUAAAGUCUCGCUAACGGGAACGCAAAUGAAAAGAUUUACUCAGAAAACAUCACUCGCAUUCUGGAUCGACUCUUGGAUGGUUAUGACAACAGACUACGACCUGGAUCAGGAGGUGGUAUUACUGAAGUGAAAACAGACAUCUUUGUCACAAGUUUCGGACCUGUGUCAGAUGUUGAGAUGGAAUACACCAUAGACAUGUUCUUUCGACAGAUGUGGGUUGAUGAAAGGCUUAAAUUUGAGGGUCCCAUUGAAAUCCUGCGGUUGAACAACCUAAUGGUAGACAAGAUCUGGACACCGGACACGUUCUUCCGUAACUCCAGAAAGUCCAUUUCCCACAACAUGACCACACCCAACAAGCUUUUCCGUAUCAUGCAAAACGGAACCGUCCUCUACACCAUGAAGCUGACAAUAAGUGCAGAGUGUCCAAUGUGGCUUAUGGACUUCCCCAUGGAUGGUCACACUUGUCCUCUCAGGUUUGGAAGCUACGCCUACACCAGCAGUGAAAUCAUCUUCACCUGGAGGAAGGGGCCGGUAGCGUCUGUGGACUGUCCCAAAGAGUCCAUGAGUCUUUUGCAGUAUGAUCUGGUGGGACAGACUUUGUCCAGCGAGGUUUUCAAGUCAAACACAGGUCACUACUCCGUGCAGGUGGUCCAUUUCCACCUGCAGAGGAAGCUGGGAUAUUACCUCAUCCAGACGUACAUCCCGCUUAUCAUGGUUGUCGUGCUGUCACAAGUUUCUUUCUGGAUCAAUAAGGAGUCCGUUCCUGCACGUACAGUGGCCGGCAUCACCACCGUGCUAACAAUGACCACCCUGAGCAUCAGCGCCCGCCAGUCGCUGCCCAAAGUAGCCUACGCCACAGCCAUGGACUGGUUCAUCGCCGUAUGUUUCGCCUUUGUGGCGUCGGCCCUCGUGGAGUUUGCAGCUGUCAACUACUUUGCCACGCUGCAGGCCAACCACCUGAAGAGGAAGAAAGCCCGACAAGACAAGCUGGAGGUUUUAGCGACGGCCAGUGACGAUGAAGACACAAUUUCGCAGUCCACCACCGGCCCUCAAGAGGGCCUGAAGAGGAGAAACCACUCAAUGUGUCCCAGUGAGCCAGCGGAGGCUCCGCCACUGCCGAUAUUCCUUCAGCAGGGCUCAGCUUUUCCUCAGAUUCCACAGCUGGCGGGGACCAGCCCCAUCGAUAAGUACGCCCGCAUUCUCUUCCCCCUGACCUUUGCACUCUUCAACCUCGUCUACUGGUACGUCUACUUGGCCAAGGACACCAUGGAGAGAGCCAGGUACACGCCUGGAAUGGUGGAAUGAGCGUUUUUCUGCUAUUGUCUGUCAACGGAUGUCAAUCUGUUACAAUCAUCACCCACCAAAUGGAUUCAUCUUCACCAUCGCAGAGAUGCCUUGUUAUACAGUAGAGUAUAUACACAUACAGCAACACCUAUCUAUUUUUCUCCAAUUGAUCCUGUUCAAAGUGUAGAUUGGGGGUAAGGUUAAGGUUUUCAUUGUAUAUUAGUGCGACCCCCCCCACCCCUUUUAAGGGGACGGGCAAUAUGCGCACUCGUAUUGUUAGGAGGAGAUGCCUCAUUCAGCGCCAAAAAAAAUCGUCUGGUUUGAGCCAGGUUUCGCUGAGACCAAUGACGUUAAGAUUGUUGUCUCUAAUGCAUACUUGCCAACCUUGAGACCUCCAAUUUCAGGAGG